AAAAACGGGAAUAAGAAGCUGGCGAAUAAGAAGCAAACUUCAGCCUCGUAUGGAGUAGAAUCUUUUGUGUUUAAAACAGUUACAACCAUAUUAUUGUUAUUGCAAACGCGGAAUAACUGAGUUACAGAUACAUUCACAUUUUCACGGUGUCAAAGGCUGCACUACCUAAACAAACUGGCGAUGUAAAAUGCGAACAUUCGCGAGCAGUAAGCGCGAGAGCGAUUUAUGCAGCACGAUUGCUGGAUGCCCGUUGGCGGCUCGUGAGUGCCCUGUGAUCCACAAUGUCGGGUGUGUCAUACGCAUUAAAUAUUUAAAAGCCAUCCACUGCUCGAAAUCAUAUUUAAAACUUGACGAUUGUAUAUCGGCUUAAAUAUGGAAGAAGAACAAAAUCCUUUAACAAAUUUGAGCAAACUCUUACUGCAACUAGCCUUUCAGACACAGGGAUUAGCUCAGAGAAAGGAUGAGACACAACAAAUGAUUCAAAUCUACUCAAGAGAAAUAGCAGAGGAAAAGUUGCAUAUACAAGAAAUAAAGAAAAAAAUAGAGAAACUUGAAGAAGAGCUAAUACACAGACAGAAGCUUGUUAAGCAGUAUAAACACAAUUCUAAAAGUUUCAAAGCAUCAAACUCUGUUCUGCUUCGUUACAUGAAAUCAUUGCAGGCAGAAUUAGAAAGGCGUCAGGCAGGCAUUGAACAAGAUAUGAAAAUGUUUCGUGAGAGAAUCGAAAGUUACAAAGAGGUGUUCCAGCAGCACAAAGCCUACUACUGCCAGAAUCCUCUAGCGCAAAACCUUCUACAGAAACAGUCUGAACGAGAGGAGAUUGAGCACAGGAUGAGAGUCUGUGAAAAAUAUAUAGCAGACAAACAAAAAGAGCUGCAGGCUCUGCAAGGAAGCAUACCUAUACCUCCAAUUUCUGAGAAUGCAUCACAUCUUGCUUCUAUGAAGCAGAGUUCAGCUGAGGCUCAGGGACAGAUGGAAUCGUAUGGUGAAGAGAACAGACAUGUGGAGGCAUCCCUAUUUUCUCAGCAAAAGAAACUCCAGAAUAUGAUGACUGAUGAAAAGAAGGAUGAGAACAGAGAAAAAGAUGAAGCAAAAGAAACUGAAGAGGAUGUAACUGAUGAAAAGUCCAAAGAGAAGAGCAUGCCACCUGGCUCCCCAUUGGCACUUGUGGAUACAAAUAACAACUCAAUGAGGAAAUAUUCAGAAAUAAAAGGCCAGUUCAUAAGUGGAUGUGAAGAACUUCAAGUUGAGACCAAAACACAGGAGGACCAGCUUCAACUGUUGAGUGGUAACAAGUGGAAUGAAACUAAUGAGAAAGAGCAAACAGAGGAGGAGCUCAUACACUUCUGCACAAAUCAGAAUGAAAAGGAGGAUGAGACAAUCUAUCCACAAACUCCCCCAGCCAGAAUGAAAGCUUCAUCAAGUACACCGACGUUCACACUGCAGAGCCCCAUUUGUUCUGGAGAUCCGGAGUCCAAGUCUCCUGGCUUUUUAUUCUCACUAAAUUCAAAUGCACAAGAAGCUGCGACAUUCCCUGAAUUUAACUGUGAUGUAUUUGGGACCAGAUCUUCCCAUGAAGAGGGUAAUCCAUUUUCAUUCACCAGCUCCUACUUCAGUGAAAAGGAAACCAAAACAGCUUUGCCUUAUGACAACAAAGAGCCUGGAUUCCUGUUUGACCCGAUGGAGAGAGGGGAAGAGGAAGAAAAGUUUGAAUUCUCCUUUUCUUCCAAGAGCCCUGUUGGAUGUGGAGAUGCCUUUCCCUUUUUGUUUAACUCUGGGAAAUUUCAAUGAAAAUGUUGGUUGACUGAGGCGACAAGACUUCAACUCAAAAUCUACAGUUGAAGCCUAUACUGGUAAAAGACAGAAAAAGUAAAACAUCUCAAAGUAGAAAAUGCAUUAGACUUACCGAAAAUGAAAUGGAACAAAUGGGGCUUCUUGUAGUGUCAUGCAUAGGGAAGGUUAAAGUAAAGAUAAGAAUUUUAGAAGAUAAUAUUUUUUGUAUCCUUCUGUAAAUUGGUCUUGUAGUGGUAAAGCCAGUCAUAUGCGACAAAAACAUGUGGGAAUAUGUAUGAAAAGUAUGAAAAGCACAAAUGCAAUUAAACAGAAGUCAUGCAAUGUUAGUUGUUAAUUUACUGCAAUUGUUCAGAUUGAUAUAGCAUUUAUUUGCUUAAAUACAUCAGCUCUAUAAAUUUAAAUACAAGUACAAAAAUGAUACUAUAAAACAUACCUGAUUUUGAAUCUUGUUGUGUAUCCAUUUUAGUUUACAAUAUUAUUAUUUUAAGUAUUACAAAUAUUUGAGU